CAGGAUGAAAUUUUCCACGUGCCUCAAACAGCCCGGUACUGCAAAGGCGAGUUCACAGAGUGGGACCCGAAGAUCACAACCUUCCCAGGCCUCUAUCUCCUGGGAGCACCCUAUGGCCUGGCAGUGCAAUUCUUGCAGGGCCUACUGCGACUAGCACCCAGGGAUACUGUCUGCAGCACGGCAAUCCUGCGCAGCCUGAAUGCCCUGCUGGCAGCGGCCUUCUUUGGGGUCUUUGCAGCGCUGUAUCGCAAGCUUCAUCCUGAGAAGCUGCCGGAAUUUGCCACUCUAAUGGCAUUGGUGGCGCUGCUGCUGCCCACGCACUUUUUUUACGCGUUCAUUUACUACACAGACGUUGGAUCCGUCACAUUCGUACUGGCGUCCUACCUGGCGAGCCUGCACGGGAGGCAUCACCUGAGCGCUGUGUUGGGAGCGCUUGCAGUGCUGUUCAGGCAGACCAACGCGGUAUGGGUGGCCUUUAUUCUGGGAGCCGCAGUGGUCAGGUGGGCCGCGGCAGGGGGCGGCGAUAAGAGCCAAGGGGCGGCGGAGACAUUGAGGUUCGAGCGGGCGGCUCCGGGGCAGCAGAUGAUGCAUGUCAUGCGCAUGAGCUGGCUGCGGAAGUGGCGGCUGGUGUGGGAGCUGUGGAGCCUGGCGCUGGUGCCGGCAGCAUUCGCAACGUUUGUGUGGGUGAAUGGAGGGAUCGUGGUUGGAGACCGUGGCAACCACACCCCUGUGCAGCACCCCAUGCAAAUACCUUACCUGCUUCUCUUCACUGCCGGCGCCCUGGCCCCAGUGCACUUCUCUUCGCGGCAGCUGCGCGCGUACAUGCGAAGGGAUGCCGGGAAGGCGCUGCGGCUGUGGGUGUCUCUGGCGCUGCUGACAGGAUAUGCGGCGCACCAUUAUACGCUCGCGCACCCCUUCCUGCUGGCCGAUAACCGGCACUACACGUUCUAUAUUUGGAAGGAUUUCAUGGCGGUGCAUCCGGCAGCAAAGUUCACGCUGGUCCCGGCGUACCUGUACAGCGCAUGGAGCGUCUGGUGGAGCCUUCUUCAGGGGCGCCAGCCGCUGCUGUGGGUUCUUGGCCUGGCCGCAGCCUCCGCGCUCACGCUCAUCCCCGCCUGGCUUGUCGACUUCAGGUACUUCACGGUGCCUUUCAUGAUGGUGCUGCUCCACAUGAAGCCGCCCACAGCAGGGCAGGCAACGCUGACUCUGGUCAUGUAUGCGCUGGUCAAUGUGGCAGUCUUAUAUGUCUUUCUUUUCAGGCCUUUUACGUGGCAUGAUGGGUCCACAGCCCGGUUCAUGUUCUGAACAGAUUGCUGUAGCAGACUUUCAUGUUCAAGUUGAUCUGAUCGGCUUAAGUCUGAAAACAUUUAUUUAGAUUUGCGACUUGCAAUCUAAGUUCUGCCCAUAGGUUACCAUACCAAGGACCUAGGCAUGCGAAGCUUCCUAUGCAGGGAAGUUCGUCAUUGCAAUACUGUCACUGCUGCGGUAGCGCGGCCGGUACCAGUGAGCUCACCAUGGAUUAAGAAAGGGACUGCAGCUGGCAGUAUCAUCUGGGUGAUCAAUUGCAACAGCAUAGCUCGGUGCACACCCCAAGCUUGCUCGAACACUGGGAAAAAUCACCAUCUUUCUACCUUUCCCAAUUGCUUCUGCAAAGGAAGCUGCCCGCUACUUUGGGUGACCUAUUAUAUGUUUCAAUUAGUAAUUUUAUGGAAGAUGGACCCUCGCUUGCAGAGUUUCUGGUCUCAAGAGAUCUUAGCUCAAUCGACUGUAAGUCCAUGUGCUUCAACC